UUGGAAGUGAAGAAGACGUAUUUAUAUCUCACAUAUACAGUCCCAAGAAGUUUUAUUGCCAGCUUAGUAGAAAUGAUAAAGAUCUAGAGAUGCUAGAAACAAAAAUCACAGAGAUGAUUAGCCUUAAAAAUUGUCCAAAAUAUGAUUCUAAUAAAAUGAGAUUGUGCAUAUGUAAAUAUGAAGAGGAUGGUUUCUCAUAUAGAGCUUUAGCAAAGCGAACAGAUUCAUCAUCUGACUUUCUUGUCUAUUUUGUGGAUUUUGGAAAUAAGCAGUUAGUAGAAGAAAACAUGUUGAGGGCCAUUUCAAGUCAGUUUCCAGAGUUACUGUUUAUUCCUAUGCAAGCUAUUAAGUGUUUUUUAUCAGAUCUUAGAGACAUAGAUAUUCCAGCAGAAAUCAAUAGCUGGUUUGAAAACAAUUUCUUGGGAAAACCAUUGAAGGCAGUAAUAUUGUCCAGGGAAUCAGAUGGCCAGCUUGGUAUAGAAUUAUAUGAUGGGUAUCAACAUAUAAGUCAGAAAAUUAAAAUGUUGCUUCAUGAUCAUGGAAAAAAACUGUCUGACCAAGCACAAUACGUGGAAAAGAGUCAUAAAUUAAGUGAGAAUAAGAAGCUUGCUGCUUCUUUGAAAAGCAAAACAGAAAAAAACCAUCACCAUAAUGUGAAAAAUAAAACUAGUCUAACAAAUUCUGAAAACAAAAUAGAUAAAUUAGUGCGUCCUAAAAGUAUAUAUGACAGACUUUUGAAACCAUCAGUUUGUUACAAAAUUGAACCUGCGUCAAAAAACAAAGUGAAGAAGUCGUUGAAGGAUGGAACUAAAAAUAAAAGUGUAAAAAAUGUCCCUGGAGCCGCACAUAUUGUUGAUGAAAGUGAUAUGGGCCAAAAACCAGUAAAGGUUGUACCACAGGCAUUUAUUGGUGGGUUAACUCAAACAGCCUUACAAAACCCAUAUGACCUUAUUAGACCACAGAUCAAAGACCUUCCUCAACCCCAAAUUUACUUGAAUGCUCAAGUAAAAGGGUAUGUAUCUAGUAUUAGUAGUCCAGCAAGUUUUCAUAUUCAGCUUGCUGAGAGUGAAAAUGUAAUCAUCAGACUCACAGAUUCUCUAAAUGAAAGAAGAGAAAACAGAGUGAAAAAGCAAAACUCAGUUAAACUGCUAGUGGGAGAUCUUGUAGUUGCAGAGUACUCUGGUGACAGUGCCAUUUACAGAGCAGUAAUUAAGGAUAUUUUGCCAGAUAAUUCUUUUGAAGUAGAAUUUAUAGACUAUGGCAAUACUGCAAUAGUAAACACAUCUAAAAUUUAUGAACUUAAGAAGGAAUUCUUAACUAUCCCUCCACUAGGAAUCCAUUCUUUUCUUAGUGGAGUAAAAUGGAAUGAGCCUGAUGAAAUAUGGGACAGCAAAACUGUGGAUUAUUUCACUUCAAGAGUAAGUAACAAAACAGUUUCUUGUGAAUUUUUGAAAAAACAUGAUCAGAAAUGGGAAGUAAAUAUCAUUUGUGAUGACAAAUGUGUCAUUAAUGAACUACUGAAAUGGACAGCAUGUUCACAACUACAGAAGACAGUAUUGCAAAUGCCUCCUGUUGUCUCUCAGAAGGUCAGUCCUGGUGUUGAUAAUGAAAUGAAGAAAGAAAGAUCAAGUGAAUAUGAAGGUGCUGUGAUCCUUCAGCCAUCCUACCAAGAACUGGUUAAAAUUCCUUUUGAAGAGUUAAAACCUGGACAGCUUGAAAAAGCUGAAAUACUUUAUGUUUCAAAGAGUGGAAGAUUUUAUGUGAAGUUAUCCAAAAAUAAAAAAAUCUUAUCAGAUUUAACAUUAUUAAUUGCUAAAGAAGAAAAAAACCCUUCUUUCUUAUCAAUGGAAAAUAUUGAAAAUGGUUUAGAAUGCUUGGCAAAAUCUAAAAAAACUUUAAAGUGGUAUCGAUCAAAAAUAGAAAAAAAGUGUAUUGAUGGGAAAGUGCUUGUUUUUUUAGUGGAUCAUGGUAGAUGUGAAGUAGUGCCUUUAAAUAAUACCAAGGGGCUUAGUGGUGAAAUCAGAAAUAUUCCACAACAAGCUGUGCCUUGUAAAUGGAUUUGGUUUGAAAAUUCCAGGAACAAACCAUUUGAGUCCAUUGUGUGCUUAUUUGCUCAUUUGGAAAUAAAUGUUCUUUUCCUGAAAUAUUUAGACUCUGCUUGGGAAGUAGAAAUUUUGGUAGAUGGCAUGUUACUUUUGGAGUAUUUAAGUUUCAGUAUGGUUCAGGUUGAAGAAAACAAACUUCAAUCUUCAGGAAUAAUUUUCAACAUGGAAUCGCAGACUCUUACGUCAUCAUGUGCAAUAAGAUCAUUUACUUGGGCACAACUGCAAGAUGGUAGGCAGUAUUCUGGUAUUGCCACUGCUGUUUCUGAUCCGUCUGAAUUCUGCGUUCAGUUGGAAGACUUCUUUGACACAAUGAAAUAUAUUUUUAUGUUGCUUUCUGAUCUACCAGAAACCUUACAAACAAUGCCUCGAGAACUCAUAAUUCCUGGUUCUAGUUGUUUAUUCAAAUACGAGUUGGAAGAUCAAUGGAAUAGAGUAGAAAUUUCUGAAGUCUUUGAUAGGUAUUUACAUCUUGUGUUCAUUGACUAUGGAUUUUCUCUUUAUAUAACUUAUUCAGACAUAAUAAAUCUUAAAGUUGUUCCUGAGGAACUUUUGAAUUUGCCAAGGCUAAGUUAUCCAUGUAUCUUACAUGGCAUCUUACCUGUUACAGGGAAACAUUGGAAUAAAGAAGCCAAAAGUUUUUUUCAAGAUUUCCUAAGCAAACCAGGCCUAGUUUUUCAGUUUAGGGAAUGUGGUUUCGAAACAAAACUGAAAGUAGAUGUCAUUCAUGAGAAAAACAGUUUGGCAGAUAUAUUAGUUGCAUCUGGUCUUGCAAUGUAUUCUAAGGAUUCAGCUCAUCUUGAUGCAAUUACUACUACUGGAUCUACUAAAAUCCAAUAUAAAUUACAGAGUAAACCUUUUUGUGCAUUGUUAGAUCAAAAUUGUCACAAAAAAGAACAUAUAAAUUGUAUAUGCACUGAGAACCAAAAGCUGAAAAAGCAGAAACCUAUAAAAAGGAAAGAUGGCCAUAAGAGCCUCUUAAGGGAAAGACAUAUUAGGAAAAAAUUGCAUUCUAGAAAUUUAACACUGAGAAAUAAAGUUGGUAGUGGAAAACAUAAUCCCCAAAGUACCACUAUGUUUGAUACAUGUGCAGCAACUUCAUUUUGGAAACUGCCUGAUCAUUUGAAAAAUAAUACCAACUGGAUUGAAAACAUUUUUGAAAAACUACUAUCUGAAGAACUACAAGAAAAUAAUAACACACUGGGUUUAAGAACAGGAUUAAAAGCAUUGCAUGUUAAUGAAAAAAGUAUACCAGAAAACUUACAAGUAGAGGGAGAUGAAACCUCAGAUCAUUUAUGCAUCUUUUUGGCAACAAAUGAUAAAUAGGAUACCCAGUCAUUACUACCUUGUUUUAGAUGCUUCAGUUCUAGAGUAACAUGGUCUUCAAAUCAAGAGGAAAUAUACUUGAGGAACAACUUCUGCAACUGGACCUGAUUUAGAUAAUGAGAUCCAAGACUUUGUUUUGAUGUCAGAAUGAAAUGAGACUUUGGGGGUCUUGGAAGAGGAUGUAAAGUAUUUUGCAUGUAGGAAGGAUGUGGAUUUUUUCUGGCCAGUGGGCAGACUGUGUCACAUUAUAUUUUCCAAGGAUUAUCACAAUAAUAUUUUCCAUUUUACAUGUUCUUAUCCAAUGUGACUUUGCUGUUCCCCAACAAAAGGUAGAAUAUGACCCCUUCUCCUGGAUCUUGGAAAGUUAGACUGCUAAGACCAGUAGCAUAUGUUAGAAGUAAUACCUUAUGACAGAGACUGGGUUAUGAGGAUGACGCAGUUUCAGCCUUACUAUCUCAAACACUUGCUCCUGGUACUAUGGAUCAUUAUUUGAGAAAUACAUCUACCUGAUACAGCCAAGCUCUGAGGAACCCAAAUCAUUUAGGGAGACUUGGGUACAUGCAUUCCUAUCAACAAUACUAGACCCUUGCCAGUCGAACUGUCCUUGCAUUGAGGUAGUAACUUUAACUACUGGAUAGUUUAAAAAGCAUAUAAAAUUCAUUAAAUCUAUUGGUACCACACAAGUAGAGACUUGGUAAUGUAUUAACUGAUUUCACAGAAUAAGCUGAUGACAAAAGUUUUAGCUUCCUGGUGACUUGCUUACUGAUUUAUUUAGCUCUGAAUUACUAAGUCACAUGGCUGUGUCUGAGUUCUAGAUGAUGUGCCACUGUGCAUUAGUUUAUUUGUAACAUUCCAUUUGAUUUACAUUUUGUUCAACUUCAUUAAAAACCUCCAUAUUGUGAUUUCAAUUUGCCUCCAUAUUUUACACAUAAUAGAUAAGAGGUAAAUGCAUAACAAUUAACUGAAUAUUAUGUUUUUCAUCUUUUAGAGCAAGGACUUAAUGGGUUUUAAAAGUGUGUGAAAAUUCUAUAGAUAUUUUAGUAAACAAGGAUUAUAUAUACCAGUAUUAACCUCUAUAUUUAUUAUGCUUAUUGUCUGUCUUUAAGGAUUUUUAUUCAUCUUCUGUUAAGCUACAUAUCUAAUUUGAAUACAGUAUAAUUCAAAUAUAAUAUAAGGUAAAGAUUAUAGAUAAAAGAGCAAAUUUUUCCAGCAGUUAAUAAUGCUUCCAUAAUUUUUUGGGGGGGUUUUACUGACAUCUAGUGGCAUUCAGUCUGGUGUGUUAAAAAAUUCAUUUUAACUCACUUCAUUUUUAUUAGUUUCUCUCUGAGUGUCUUCUCUUAAUUUUUAAAACUUUUUAUAAAGGAAACAAAAGGACAUUUCAGGUAUCUAAAGUGAGACUAGUCUUUUUUGAAGGAUACAUGAUACUAUACAAAUAUAUAUAUAUAUAUAUAUAUAUAUACACAUAAUUCACAUAAAUAAGUAGGAUCAUGUUAUUCAUUUUAACUGUAGGUUUCUUACUGCACUUAUUAGUUUCCUUCAUUUACUUGAAUUCUCUCUCCCCCUCCUUUAUCCAUUCAUAUAAUUCCUCCAUCUGUGCUAAGAUAGGUCAUAAUAAUAUCCUAGAUUUUUUCCAUGUGCCUGUAUUUCAAUAUAUGAAUGAAUAAACUUCUAUAAACAUAUGAAUACAAUGUACACAUUUUGUUAUGCUUUAGAAAAAUAAAAUUAAACAUUUUUUUUUUUAAAAUUUUGCUCUUCUCAGCAUACCUCUCGGAAGUAGUUCUAAGAUAAGUAUGUAAUUCAGUUUGUCCUUUUAAGUACAUGCAUGCUAUUUAAGGCUGAAAGUUUUCUACUGUAGCCAUUCACCCUUUCAGUUUUACCACCUUGAAUAUAGCAGUACACACCCAUGGUGAUAUCCUUAUAGAGGGUAACUUGUGAGUGAACUUGCUGGAUAAAAUAAUGCAUUAAUUUCAAUAGGCAUUACCACUUUGCUUUCAAAAAUAGUUGAAAUGUGUAUGAUUAAUAUGUGAGAAAACCUUUUUCCUAUAUAACACUAGUAGAUCUUCUACGAUUGUAAACAUCUUUGCCUGUGUGAAGGGUAUAAAAUGAUUUGUGUUUUCUGAUGAUUAGGGAAUUUGAACAACUUUUUAGGUGUUUGUUCACUCUGAAUUUAUUCUAUGAAUUUUCUAAUUUUAACUUUUGAGCUUCAUAUAUUAUAAGAUGUUAACUCCUUGUUUCUCAGCUAGUUUAAAGAUAAUUUUAUGGCAAAAAUUAAAGUUUUAACUCUUUAUGUAAUUAGUCAUGUCCAUCUUUUGUUUUUGUUACUGUGGGUUUUCAGACAUAAUAAGAAAGUAUCCCUUACACAUGAUUGUAUUAUUUUAGGUUCCCUGCCUCUGCCUUUAAAAAAAUAUUUUUGCGAAGUUUUUAUUAUGAGUUUCAAU